AUGGCGCGCAGCCGUACUCGCAGCCCCGAGUCGACUCGUCGUCUUGCUCAUCGCCUUCGCGCUAUCAAGCCAUCCAAGUCCAACCAACAGCAUCCCCAUCACGAACGUCGGCGGACUGCCGGACGCCGUCCGCCGGGACACAACUUCGCCGAGGAGUGGCCGACGGGCCCGGCGACGCGGGCGAUCCUGACCGGCUUCGACGCCGGCCUCUCGGCGCGUGGCCUCGCCGACGAGUUGGAGCGCUUGGCAGGCACCGUCUGGCGCUGCAGGAUCAAGACUUCCGUCACGCCGCCCGAGUCCUACCCGGACUUCCAGCUCUCAGUCCACGCCGCCGCCGCCGCCGCCGUGUUCCACCAGGACGAGCCGCCGCGGGACGGUCGCGUGGCCCCUCAUGCCUUCGUCCACUUCGAGCACCGCAAUGCCGCGGACCGCGCUGGCGACUUCUUCACGACGCGCAUCCUCGCGCAGAGCAGACACCUGCUACAUGGCCAUGCGGCGCGCCGGCGGGAUGGUGUCACCGACGCCGCCAAACCGAUGCUCUUCCCCGACUCGCGCAUCGAGAUCGGCGACGUCGUGGCGCCGGACACCUUCCUCGUCGCGUGGCGCGGGACCGACGACAGCGCCUCGGCGCUCGACUUCGUGGUCGACCCGUCCGGCGGCAGCUGCCGGCUGCUGUUCGCCCGCUACACCGCCUUCACGUGCCCCGACAGGCGCCGGCCCGCGGCGCUGCUGUGCUGCGACGUGAAGCUCGAGUUCGCGCUCGCCCACGUCGCCGAGGCCCUGGCGUUCCAGGCCGACGACUCGCUGGUCCUGCGGCUCUCCGCCGCGCCCCUCGUGUACUACCGCACGUCGGGCGACGACGUCCACGGCCGCGUGCCCUUCCAACUCGUCGACGCCGACGACGACCCGUGGAUACGGACCACCGACGUGACCCGGAGCGGCGCCAUCGGCCGGUGCUUGGCGUACAGGGUCUCCUUCGCGGUGCAGUUCUGGCCGACGAUGAGGGUCGCGCUGGAGUGCAUGCAGAGGCAGGGGGUCCCCGUCCACGUACGCGACAGACGGUGCCAGGGUUUCACCGUGCUCGAGGAGGCAGGCUUGGUGCAGCCGAUGCGGGACGCGUUCUUCUCCCCGCGGCACGACGACGACGCAGGGGCAGGGCUACGGUUCCCGGAGCUGUACUUGGUCAACGUGCUGAUGCACAACGGGGUAGUCAAUCCGCACCAGAUGACACCGGAGUUCUUCGGUUUGCUGAUGAGGACACGCGAAGAUGUGAACGUUGCUGCGCUGACGGAACUGUUCGGUGCAAAGCUUGGAGUCUGUGAUAAUCCAUGCUGGAGGUUGAAGAACGCGCAGGACAAGGCUGCCAAGAAUCUCGAUCUUGUCUGUCGCAGCAGCAGCAGCAGAAGAAAGGCUAGUGAUUGCGAUGCUGAGGUGCGAAGGCUGAUCGUCACUCCAACCAGGGAAUACUGUAUGCCGCCUCAAGUGGAGCGCUCCAACCGCGUCAUCCGGCAUUACCACGAGCUGUCAGAUCGCUUCUUGAGGGUUACUUUUACGGACGAGGGUAUGCUGCCGCUGAACCCUAACGCGCUGACCCUCCGUGCGGUGCCCUCGACGUCGACGCCCAGCACGUCCCGGCAGAUGACAAGCGUCUACAGGCGUGUCCAGACGGCCCUGACGGAGGGGCUCAUCAUGUGUGGCAGGAGGUACUCGUUCCUCGCGUUCUCAGCCAGCCAGCUGAAGCAGAAGUCGGCCUGGUUCUUCGCGGAGGACGGAGCGACAACGGUGGCAGGCAUAAAGGAGUGGAUGGGGCAGUUCCCGAUCAGGAACCCCGCGAAGCACGCCGCUCGGAUGGGGCUGUGCUUCACGUCUUCGUAUGCGACGGUGACGAUGCAGCCCGGCGAGGUGGACGAGGACCUCGAGGACGUUACGCGCAACGGGUACAACUUCUCCGACGGGAUCGGGGUGAUCACGGAGGACCUCGCGCUGGAGGUCGCCGAGAUGCUGCCGCUGGCGGACAGGUUCGCCCCGUCCGCGUACCAGAUCAGGUACGCGGGGUUCAAGGGCGUCGUGGCUGUCUCGCCGCCGGGGCCGGGACAAGAAGACCGUGGGACGCGGAGGAUGUCGCUUCGGCCCAGCAUGAGGAAGUUCGAGUCCACGCACAACGUGCUGGAAGUGGUGUCCUGGACCAAGUUCCAGCCAGCGUUCUUGAACCGCCAGAUCAUAACGCUGCUCACCACCCUGGGCGUUCCCGACGACUCCUUCUGGCAGCUGCAGGAAGCGAUGCUAGGCAAGCUCAGGCGGGUUUUGUCGGACAGCGAUGUGGCGUACGAGGUCGUGACCAACUCUUGCCCUGAGCAAGGAAGCACCGCAGGGCUGAUGCUGGGCGCUGGCUUCGCUCCUGCGACUGAGCCACACCUGAGAGCGAUGCUACUGGCCAUCUGCACCUCGCAGAUGCAGGGCCUUCUGAACAAAACGUGGAUCUUUGUGCCCAAGGGAAGGUGGCUGAUGGGCUGUCUCGACGAGUUUGGGAUCCUUGAACAGGGGCAGUGCUUUCUCCGGGUCUCGACGCCAUCACUCGGCAGCCGCUGCGUGAACCGUUCUCCGAUAUUUCCCUCGGAAUAUAAGGGCGAUGCCAAUGCACAGGUGAUUACUGGUACGGUUGUGAUGGCGAAGAACCCAUGCCUUCAUCCAGGGGACGUUCGUAUCCUUGAAGCUGUGGAUGUCCCUGAUCUGUAUCACCUUGUCGACUGCUUCGUCUUCCCCAAGAAAGGUGAGAGGCCACACGCCGACGAAGCUUCCGGGAGCGACCUCGACGGCGACGUCUACUUCGUGACGUGGGACGAGAGCCUUGUACCUCCUGGGAGGAAGAGCUGCACCCCGAUGGACUACUCCCCGGCUAAAACAAAGCAACUUCCACACGACGUACACCAACAAGAUACCAUUGAUUUCUACUUGGAGAGCAUGGUAUACGACAACCUUGGUCGAAUAUGCAACGCCCAUGCUGCUCAUGCUGAUCGGAGCGACGACGGAGCUAUGGAUCCCAAGUGCAUUGAGUUAGCUCGGCUCGCAUCUAUCGCCGUGGACUCCGCCAAGACCGGGGAAAUUGUGAGAAUGCCACCAGCCCUUUCACCAAAAGAGUACCCCGACUUCAUGGGGAAGGAGGACGCCAUCUCUUACAGAUCCGAAAAGAUCCUUGGAAGGCUCUAUCGGUCAGUCCUAGGGGAAAAUGACGGCGAUUUUCUGUCACGAGGCGCAUGCAUUUCAGAUGAGAUUCGAUAUGACGCCGAUCUAGAAGUCCCUGGCGCCUCAGACUUUCUUCAGGAUGCUUGGCGAUGCAGGUGCCUGUACGAAGCUCGGCUGAAUGCCCUGCUCGAUCAAUACAAUGUGCGCAGUGAGGCUGAGCUCGUGACAGGGGAGAUAUGGUCACUUGCCGGAUGCAGCAAGAAGUAUCAGCAUCAAUUAAAAGAGAGGAUCAACUAUGCGUACUCCAAAGUCCACCAAGAGUUCCGGAUCAUCUUUGAGAGCAUUGGUGCCUCUACUGACAACAAAAACCUGGCGUAUGAGAUGAAGGCGUCCGCGUGGUACCAAGUAACGUAUCACCCUGAAAUCAUCCGAUCAAGGGAGCCUGGUGAUGAGGAUGCACCUACGAGACUUAGCUUUGCAUGGAUCGCAGUUGAUUACUUGGCACAAAUAAAGAUGAAGCGCCACGUAGACUAGGAGAACCUUGAAAGCAGCAAUGCAUUGGCUUGAUACAUACUACUGUAUAUUUAAAGCACCACCACUACCAUUUUGA